ACAAGCCGCGCUGCUCAACAUCAGCACCAGCACCGACUUGAGUCCAACAAUACUGAACAAUACUGCCUAUAUCUGCUGGAAACGCCCGCUCCUCCGAGACAGAAGACUGCAGAGAAGAGAACGGUCAUCAUGUACGAUGCGGCAAGGGUGCCAUCUCCUAAAGAUGGUGCGAACGGGAUGGCCCAGCCGGUGGUCCCCGGAGCAGGAGCGGGAACAGCUGCAGGAUCAGGAGGGCCGACGCCGACUGCAGGCCUCCAAGCCAAAACCGAAGAGGGCCGGCCAGGUACGGAGGAGGACGAGGAGCCCAAAGCCGAGCCAGUCCUGGUGAAAAAGCCAUACAGAGAGAUCCUGGACCAUGAGAGGAAGAGGAGAGUAGAGCUCAAAUGUAUGGAGCUCCAAGAGAUGAUGGAGGAGCAGGGGUACACAGAGGAAGAGAUUCGACAGAAAGUGAGCACAUUCAGACAAAUGCUGAUGGACAAAGAGGGCGUCAUCACCAGAGAAGGCUCAGACACACAACCAGUUGUCAACCACCUGCACUAUCAGCCUAAUGAGUAUGAAGAGGACCCUGAAUUGGUUGGCUAUGAAGAUGGAGACUAUGCCCAUGAUUACCACAGUGACAACAGAGUGAAGAGGAAAUCAAGCAGCUCUCCAUCCCCUCGUCCAAAGAAAAGGAAGAAGAAGAAAUCUGGCCGCCGAAGAAGUCGGUUUGGCAGCUCGUCACCCACUCGCAGAGAGAAGAAGAAAAAGAGUGGGAAGAAACACAAACGCGACAGAUCUGCCUCUGGCUCCAGGAAAAAGAGGAGAUACAGAUCGGGCAGCCCAAAGAACAAACACAAAGACAAGAACAAACAGAAAAAGAGGUCCCCUGGUGAGACCCCCAGUAGGAGUUCACAGCGUCAAGGCAGCUGCUGUAGCUCCCGUAGCGCCUCCCUGUCCUCCACUCGGAGCACAUCUAAAUCUCCCACCAGACUGAACUCCAAGCACAAGACAGACGGGCAAAAGGCGUCCGGCACCUCGCUGUCCCUGGGCCCCAACAGUCCAACCGCCUGGCACAACGGGGACCACACCCAGCGCAGCCGCAACGGCAAGGCCGGCAGACUCAACCACGCCGAGAGCGAGAAGGGGCACGAUAAGCUCCGUCUGCUGACUGCUGGCUCUGCGAGCAUCCAGUCCGCUCUACUGAGAGAGCACAAGCUCCACAGCACCCCCAGCAGGAGCCAAACGGGACCGAUGUGCACAGCAGGAGAGGCUGGGAGUGUGGACGGCAGGAACGCAGCUGUAGGGAGCUCCGUAAGCCAGGCAUCAGGGAGGAGAGGGAGCCAGAGAGGCCAGAAUAAGAGCCCCCACUCCCCUGCUCACAGCAGUGACUCGGCCCACUCCCAGCACAACCACACUCACAGAGGCAGGAGCUCCCGCCACCAGAGAAAGACAAAAGGUGGACAUUCUUCCAAGCGUCACCAUCGCUCUAGUCGGGGGCAAGCGCACCACCGGACUCCAUCAGCAUCUCCAGGACGCCACUCACACACGUCAGGCAGGAAGAAAGAGGAGACUCGGAGCAAGCAGAACCUCCGACAGCGCAGCAGCUCCUGGAGCAGUGGGCGUUCAUCCUCAGCCUCCAGAGACAGAGGCGCCAGCAAGGCCAAGUCCCCACACAAUAGACAGAACAACUCCAGAGAGAGGGACAGUCAGAACCGCUCCGACACCGACAGCCGGGCUCGCCGCCGUUCUCGCAGCUACUCUCCCAUUCGCAAAAGGAGAAGAGAUUCCCCCAGCUUCAUGGAGGCGCGCAGGAUCACAAGCGCUCGGAAGCGGCCGAUCCCGUACUACCGGCCCAGUCCGUCGUCAUCCAGCGACGACAGCAGCCCCUCGCGGUCAAGCCGCAGCCGUAGCCGCAGCUACAGCAGCUACAGCCGCAGCAGAAGCCACAGCCGCAGCCACAACCGAAGCCACAGCAGGAGCCGGAGCAGAAGCUGGAGUCGGAGCCAGAGCCGGAGCUGGAGCCGCAGCAGGAGCCGCUCCCGAAGCCACCACAGUUACUACAGCCGCAGCAGCUACGACAGCCCCGGCUUCUGAGAGGAACGCAGCACAGAAAGGGACACAAAAAAAAAGUAUACGAGAAGUUCAAAUUUACUGUGCUGCGGUUCAGUCAUUAUGUAUCUCUAACAAGCCCUCGACAGCAC